AUGCCUGGCGGCCGGAGCUUGAGGCGGAGCUGCGAGCUGGUGGUCCCUGAGCAGCCUCCCAGCAGAGAGGAGCACUUCAGGUGCAUAGAAUGUGGGAAGAGCUUCAGGACGAGCACCAACCUCCUGAGGCACCAGCACAUCCACAGUGGGGAACGGCCCUACAAGUGUAGGGAAUGUGGGAAGAGCUUCAGUGACAGCGCCCACCUACUCCGACACCAGGUGAUCCACAGUGGGGAAAAGCCCUACACGUGUGGGAAAUGUGGGAACAGCUUCAGCCAGAAGUCCUGCCUGAUCCGCCACCAGCUCAUCCACACUGGAGAACAACCUUACACCUGUGGGGAAUGUGGGAAGAGCUUCAACCGGAGAUUCAACCUCCGCACUCAUCUGGGCCUGCACUCCAGGGAACGGCCCUACAAGUGCUUGGAAUGUGGGAAGAGCUUCAGCCAGAGCUCUGAUCUGAUCCACCACCAGAAGAUCCACAGUGGGGAACGGCCCUACAAGUGCCCGGAAUGUGGAAAGAGGUUUAGAACCAGCUCCCAUCUCCUCAUGCAUGAGCAGAUACACACGGGGGAGAGGCCCUUCCGCUGCAGCGACUGCGGGAAGGGCUUCAAACGCAACUCCCACCUCGUCAUCCACCGUCGCAUCCACACCGGGGAGAAGCCCUACAAGUGUGACGAGUGUGAGAGGAGCUUCACCAACAGCUCUGCCUUGACCUACCACCAACGGACCCACCAGUAA